UGGCGGCGAGGCUGUAGGAACGGGGGCCUAGCUAGCGCCCUGAGGAGCGUCCUCAGCCUAGCGGAGGCCAGCAUGGCCCCUACGCUGUUCCAGAAGCUCUUCAGCAAGAGGAAUGGGCUGAGCGCGCCCGGUCGGGACGCGCGAGACCCGGAUUGCGCGUUCAGUUGGCCUUUGCCAGAAUUUGAUCCAAGCCAGAUUCGACUGAUUGUAUAUCAAGACUGUGAAAGAAGAGGGAGAAAUGUCUUGUUCGACUCCAGUGUUAAGAGAAAAAGUGAGGACAUAUCAGUAUCGAAACUUUGUAGUGAUGCUCAAGUUAAAGUCUUUGGAAAAUGCUGCCAGCUGAAACCUGGAGGUGACAGUUCUUCCUCUCUGGAUAGUUCUGUGACUUCAGCUUCUGAUGUAAAAGACCAAUGUCCUAAGUACCAGGGUUCACGGUGCUCCUCUGAUGCCAGUAUGCUUGGAGAGAUGAUGUUUGGCUCUGUAGCAAUGAGCUAUAAAGGUUCCACCUUAAAAAUUCAUCAGAUCCGUUCUCCUCCACAACUUAUGCUCAGCAAAGUUUUUACUGCACGAACAGGCAGCAGUAUCUGCGGAAGUCUCAAUACGCUUCAGGACAGUCUUGAAUUUAUCAAUCAGGAUAACAAUACAUUAAAGGCUGAUAAUAACACAGUUAUUAAUGGACUACUUGGAAAUAUAGGUCUUUCACAGUUCUGCAGCCCCAGGCGGGCAUUCUCUGAACAGGGUCCGCUCCGUCUGAUCAGGAGCGCCUCUUUCUUUGCAGUUCAUAGCAACCCAAUGGACAUGCCUGGAAGAGAGCUGAAUGAAGACAGAGACAGUGGCAUAGCACGUUCUGCAUCUCUCAGCAGCUUGUUUAUUACACCGUUUCCUUCCCCAAACUCUUCACUUACCCGAAGUUGUGCCAGCAGCUACCAGCGACGUUGGCGAAGGAGCCAAACAACAAGUUUGGAAAAUGGGGUAUUUCCUAGAUGGUCAAUAGAAGAAAGUUUUAAUCUGUCAGAUGAAAACUGUGGCCCAAAUCCAGGAAUCGUGAGGAAAAAGAAGAUUGCUAUUGGGGUAAUCUUUUCAUUAUCCAAAGAUGAAGAAGAAAAUAACAAAUUUAAUGAAUUCUUUUUUUCACACUUUCCUCUUUUUGAAAGUCACAUGAACAAAUUAAAGAGUGCAAUAGAACAGGCUAUGAAAAUGAGCCGAAGAUCAGCUGAUGCCAGUCAGAGGAGUUUAGCAUAUAAUCGAAUAGUUGAUGCCUUAAAUGAAUUCAGAACAACAAUAUGUAAUCUUUACACAAUGCCACGAAUUGGAGAGCCUGUCUGGCUUACAAUGAUGUCAGGGACUCCAGAAAAGAACCAGCUUUGUCAUCGUUUCAUGAAAGAGUUUACUUUUCUAAUGGAAAAUGCUUCCAAAAAUCAAUUUUUGCCAGCACUCAUUACUGCCGUUCUGACCAAUCAUCUUGCCUGGGUUCCAACCGUCAUGCCUAAUGGACAACCACCUAUAAAAAUAUUUUUAGAAAAACAUUCCUCUCAGAGUGUGGACAUGUUGGCAAAGACUCAUCCUUAUAACCCUCUUUGGGCACAACUGGGGGACUUGUAUGGCGCUAUUGGCUCUCCUGUACGGUUAGCGAGGACUGUGGUAGUUGGCAAACGGCAAGACAUGGUCCAGAGGCUGCUGUAUUUUCUUACUUACUUUAUAAGAUGCUCUGAACUUCAAGAAACACAUCUUUUAGAAAAUGGAGAAGAUGAGGCCAUCGUUAUGCCAGGCACAGUUAUUACUACCACAUUAGAGAAAGGUGAAAUAGAAGAAUCUGAAUAUGUGCUUAUUACAAUGCAUAGAAAUAAAAGUAGUUUGCUUUUUAAAGAAUCAGAAGAAACAAGGACUCCUAAUUGUAAUUGUAAAUAUUGCAGUCAUCCACUCCUUGGGCAAAAUAUAGAGAAUGUUUCACAACAUGACAGAGAAGAUAUUCAAAAUGGCACUAAGGAAAUGCUAGGAAUUUCAGAUGAGUGCCGAAUAAUUUCUCCUUCUAACUGCCAAGAAGAAAAUGGUGCUGAUAUUAAACAAUACAGAGAUAAAUUAAGAACUUGCAUUGACACCAAGUUAGAAACAGUUGUUUGUACAGGAUCUGCUCCAGUUGACAAAUGUGCAUUGUCAAAAUCAGACACAGACACAGCAGAGAAAACAUGGCAGAGUGAAGAGUUUCUGGAUUCAGAUAAGCACAUAGGCAAAGUGUUGAGACCCACAGGAAUGGUUGUGGAAAAAAAGCCUCCAGAUAAGCUUGUCACUGCUGCAUUUUCUUGUGAGGCAGCCCAGACAAAGGUUACUUUCUUGAUUGGGGAUUCUAUGUCUCCUGACUCAGAUACUGAACUCCGGAGUCAGGCAGUGGUGGAUCAGAUUGCCAGACAUCACACCAAUCCACUGAAGGAAGAAAGAGGGGCUAGUGAUCAACUUCAAGAAAUUCAACAAACAACCAAGGACCAAUCUGGAGAGUCUGUUAUAUCAGACGUGGUUUCUGGAGAGCCCUGUGAACUUUCCUGUUGGAAUCAUUCAGACCCAGAAAGCAUGAGUUUAUUUGAUGAAUAUUUUAAUGAUGAUUCAAUUGAAACCAGGACUAUUGAUGAUAUUCCAGUUAAAACAAAUACUGACAAUAAAGAACAUUGCUGUAUUUUAGAGUUUUCGAAAAGACCAUGUAUAAAAAAUAACAAACAAAACAAUGAAUUUUGUAAAUGUGUAGAAACAGUUCACCAAGACUCAUGUAAAGCCUGCUUUCCUCAGCAGGACCAAAGAGAUACUCUCUCUAUUCUUGUCCCCCAUGGGGAUAAAGAGAGUUCAGAGAAAAAAAAUGUUGGAACUGACUGGGACAUUCCAAGAAAUGAGAGUUCAGAUAGUGCCCUAGGAGAUAGUGAAAGUGAAGAUACAGGCCAUGAUAUGAACCGACAAGUAAGCAAUUAUUAUGGAGGAGAGCAAGAGGAUUGGGCAGAAGAGGAUGAGAUACCCUUUCCUGGGUCAAAAUUAAUCGAAGUGAGUGCUAUUCAGCCCAACAUCGCUAACUUUGGGAGGUCCUUGUUAGGUGGCUACUGCUCAUCUUAUGUUCCUGACUUUGUUCUUCAAGGAGUUGGAAGUGAUGAGAGGCUCCGUCAGUGUCUGGUAUCAGAUUUGUCUCAUGCUGUGCAGCAUCCAGUGUUGGAUGAACCAAUAGCAGAAGCUGUCUGUAUUAUAGCCGAUAUGGAUAAAUGGACUGUUCAGGUGGCCAGUAGUCAGAGACGCAUGACAGAUAAUAAAUUGGGAAAGGAAGUAUUGGUUUCCAGUCUUGUUUCCAACCUGCUUCAUUCCACUCUUCAGCUUUAUAAACACAAUUUAUCUCCAAAUUUUUGUGUAAUGCAUCUUGAAGACCGGUUACAGGAGCUGUACUUCAAAAGCAAAAUGCUGUCUGAGUACCUAAGGGGGCAGAUGCGUGUUCAUGUCAAGGAGCUGGGAAUGGUUCUUGGGAUUGAAUCGAGUGACCUUCCUCUUCUGGCUGCUGUAGCAAGCACACACUCUCCUUAUGUUGCUCAGAUACUUCUUUAAUAUGCCCAGGUGUUGUUAAAAAUAAAUUUGGUGGAAUAGGUAAAACCAAGGAAGCAGACAUUAUUUUCCCUACUAGUCUUCCAUUUGAAUGAAUCCAUUGCCUGGGUAUUCUGAAUUGCAGUGUGUAUUUUGUGAUUAUUGGAUUGUUGUUUUCCUUUUGAUUAGGUUUUUGAGAGAUAAGAUUUUCACCAAGUGAAAAUGAUAAGCAUAAUUUUGGGGGAAAGCAUUUGACAAUAUCAAAAGGUAAAUGAUAAAUUGAUGCAAAAUAAACAUUGAGGAAUUACAAAUGAUAUCUACGAUAUGUUGGUACACUGAUCAGUAGCAGCUAAUGACUUAUGGUUAAAUUGUGCGAAAAUAGUUAGGUUUUUAUUCUUUACUUUAGGGUAUAGAGUUCUGUAAAACUGAUUUUUUAUUUUUCUGUUAAAAAUAGCUACUUUCUGGAUAUUUCUCAAAGUAUUUAAAACAUUCUGUUUAUUAUAACACAGAAUAAUGAGUGUAAAUGUGUGUUAACUUACCCACCUAAAUGUACAGAUAUAUCUGUUUUUAAAUGGCAGAGGUAGAAUACAAAAUUGGUUAACGGUACCUUUUCCAAAAAAGUUACUAGUUUCAAUUGUAUAUAAUGUUGAAUGUUACUUUCUGGUGAUAUUUCUGUUUCACUCACCCUAAGAUAUAAGGAAAACCAAUUUUUUUUAAGGCUAAGGGCUGUAGAUUCCUCAAAUGAAAAUACUACUUUAUACCAUUUGUUUUAUUUAUAAAUACAAUUCUUAUAAAUACUAAUAUUUACAUACUCACUAAUUUAAUAAAAAUUAGGGUUAAAAAUUGCACCAAAGUAUUGGCAAAAAUACUACUAUUUUAAAAGUGCUCAGGUAAAUGAGGCCCUGUUUUCGGUACAAGUUCUUCUACAACUAUAGGAACUGAAUAUUUGUUACACUGCUUCAUUAUUCACUUUACACAGCUAGAACUCAUUAACUCUUAAAAUUAUUUUUUUUCUCCAAUAGAUGCUUUCUUCCAAAAUCUGAUUGUUUUAAAACAUUACCACUUUUCAAUUUGUUUUUUGUAUAUACUGUAGAAUUUUGUCUGUAAGAAAGGCUAAUAUGGAACCAAACUCUUGUAAGUAAUGUAAAUAGAUAGGUAGAUACAGUUUUCAAUAUGCUCUACUACCUCAGUUUACUUGAAUACUACAUUAUAGUUUGUUAUUUAGCUACUUUAGGAUACUUUUAAUGCUAGAAGUAAAGUUGGUUUCUGCUUUCAUGGAAUAUUUUCAUUAUAAUUGAUUGAUUACCUUUAUAAGUAAAACCGCCAACUUGUUCUGUUACUAAAUAUAUUUACUGCAUAAUACAUCUAUUCUUGCUACUUAAAUUUAAAUAAUUUAGAUUUCUGUGGUUUGUAGUGUUUGACCUUGAAUUUAUAGCAUUGGGUAACAUUUUGUCUUGCUUAUUAAGUAUCUAAGAAAUCUCCAACUAGACAAGGAAGAAAUGUUUGUUUUAAUGGAAUGUAAGGAACUGAAAUUGAUAUGCCUGCAUUCUUAUUGGCCCUUUUGUCCUAUCAGCUGAUCCCAGUCAGUACCUAAGUCUCCCAUGGAUGACGUGCUGCCAAAGAGAGUUCUUUAAUUCAAUUUUCUUAAUCCAUUCACUGGUGAAAAAUUUUUUUUUUCCAUUUGAAAUUUUACGGAUCAGUCUCUUUGGCAGAAUUUAUAGUAUAGGACAGUUUUUAGUAGGCCAUUGCACAUUAUUUUUCAUUGUAGCUCAGAAUGAUUCUAAUGUCUUUUUCUGUUUUUUUUUUAUUACCAAAUUAGCCCUGUUUGAAAUUAUAACUCCUAAUAAAUGAUCAUUUAGGACAUCAUCUUCAGUAAAUGACCGACUCCCACUACUAAACUUUGUUUGAAGGAAAUAACCUAUAGUUUCUUACAAAAUCAUUCAUCCUUUUAGAACUCCUGAGUUUCAAUAAUACCAAACUUCCUGUUAUUUCUUCAGCCUUUAUUAUUGUCAUACUUUUCUUACACAAAGCCCAAGAAAUGAGCUGCUACUUCUUUAAAGUGUGGUCAUUAUGAUGAAUGUGAAGAAUUUUGGCCUCUUUGAAACAAAUUUUUUCAACUUCUUAAGGUACAGAUAAAUAUAUGCUACAUAUUUUUUAAAACCUGUUUGUUGUAAUAGGAAAUUAAAAAGGGAUCUUUUGCAUUAUAGAUUUAAAACUGGUAUUUCCUUGUAUAUAAACUAAUUGGUUUUAAAUAUUUCUCACCUUAUUAAUACGUCUUAACUUUGAGUUUGAAAAUGUUAAGUGCAAUAAACAUACUAGUACAGAUUUCAUUUUGUUUCAGUUGGCAUACACUGGGGAUGAUCACUUUUUAAAAAAAGAAUUUACACAAUGCCUACUUUGGUAGAUGUCUUACAAGAAUGUUUUGCGUUCUCUAAGUUAUUUAGAUGGUGGGACAUGUAAAAUGUACAUAUUUUUUUCUGUGUUCUGUAUACAUUUCUCAAAUGUGCACCUGUAUUAUAAUAACCUCCCAGUUCUGGGGAAAUUUGUGCAAUAAACAUGUACAUUAAUUUGA